UGCCUCCGUCUCGCCGCAACCCCAGCUCCUCUGGCCACCGCCCAUCCUUGCUUUUUCUUCUUCUAAUAUUCCUGCAGAGUCGACCGUAUUUGCCUGGCUGCACGCGCUGGAAACGCAUCGGUCUACUUGCGACGACUUCUGCCUAUAAAUCUGUUCUGAAUCCCAACCCUCCGGCUGAUCUAUCACUGGCACGACUGUUCGCAUCCGUUCUGUCGAUUCGUUUAUAGCUAGAGUGCCUACAUCAUGUCCUACGUCGAAGCCACCUCUCCCUCGGGCAGCAUGUCCUCGAGGCGAUUAACCAACCGAAACACGAACCGCUACAGCGUCACUGCCCUAUUUAGCAUGGCCGCUGAGCAGGAUGCCGACGUAGACGAUGAGCUGGCGAGAGCCCAGAAACGAUUGAGGGAGCUAAAAGCUCGCAUAUCCGCCCAGUCCAAAAAGAACUUUGUGCUCGAGCGCGAUGUGCGCUACUUGGACUCUCGGAUCGCUCUUCUCAUCCAGAACCGCAUGGCUCUUGACGAGCAACAUGAGGUGGAGAAGCACCUCGAAGAGGUCGACCCAACAGAAGGGCACUACCCUGAUGACCGUAAACUCCAGCAAUACUCCAACCUCUUCUUCCUAUUACAAUCCGAACCCCGCCACAUCGCAGCCUUAUGCCGUCUUGUCAGCUUAUCCGAGAUCGAUACCCUCCUUCAGACCGUCAUGUUCACACUAUAUGGGAACCAGUAUGAGAGCAGGGAGGAGCAUCUUCUGCUAACAAUGUUCCAAUCCGUGCUAUCCGCGCAAUUCGAGACCGCCACGGAGUUUGGGUCGUUGCUACGAGCGAACACUCCGGUAUCUCGGAUGAUGACCACUUAUACGCGGCGUGGGCCCGGUCAGAGUUAUCUCAAGAGCGUCUUGGCGGAUCGAAUUAACAGUCUGAUUGAGCACAAAGCGCUCAACUUGGAGAUCAACCCUGUCAAGGUUUAUGAGCAGAUGGUAAACCAAAUCGAAGAGGAUACAGGUUCACUACCACCGAACUUACCUCGCGGUGUGCCUCCUGAGACUGCGUCGGCGAACCCAGACGUCCAGACCAUCAUCGCCCCUCGACUAACGAUGCUCAUGGAAAUCGCCAAUAGCUUCCUGCUGACCAUCAUCGACAGCUUGGAGAGUGUUCCAUAUGGUAUUCGUUGGAUAUGCAAGCAGAUCCGGAGUCUGACGCGGAGAAAAUAUCCUGAUGCCACGGAUCAUGCCAUUUGUUCGCUCAUCGGUGGCUUCUUCUUCCUCCGAUUCAUCAAUCCUGCUAUUGUCACUCCGCAAGCGUACAUGCUCGUUGAAGGUGUACCGGCCAAGCAUCCUCGUCGGACGUUGACGCUGAUUGCGAAGAUGCUCCAGAACCUUGCGAACAAGCCCUCCUAUGCCAAGGAGCAGUACAUGAUGACAUUACAUCCGUUUGUGGAGAAUAACAAAUCUCGCAUAAACCAGUUCUUAAACAACCUUUGCGAAGUCGGAGACUUCUACGAGACGUUGGAGAUGGACCAAUACAUGGCACUAUCCAAGAAAGAUCUAGUGAUCCACAUUACGCUCAACGAAAUGUAUAACACACACUCCCUUGUUCUACAACACAUUGAAACCCUAUCUCCGAACGACAAGCAACACCUGCGCAUCCUCACCGACGAGCUGGGACCUGCACCUCCACAAGUACCUCGGAAGGAGAAUCGCACAAUUGAGCUGCAGCUGUACAGUCGCUGGGAGACACCUAUACAAGAUAUCCAAACAGCGUUGAUGGACUCCGUUUCAUCAAGCGACAUGCUGUACAUGGAAACGAAAUCCAUAUUCGUCCAGCUCAUCCGUUCCCUCCCUGGGGCCGCCGACAAGCGCCCAUACAACCUCGCUGCUAUCGCCGAGCGAGCGGCGACCACCAAGGACGCCACGCUCGUGCGGAAGGGUAUCAAGGUGAAGGAGAUGCUGCGGGAGCUGGAGGAGCUGAAGGUCGUCGACAGGUCGGACGGGUACAAGCUCAUGCAGGAGGAGGUCGCGGCGGAGCUCGUGCAUCUCGGUAACCUCCGGGAGAAGGUGCUGCAGGAGACUAAGUCGCUGGAGUCGGUGUAUAAGACCAUCGGCGACCACAAUAACUAUCUGCGGGGUCAGCUGGAGCAGUACAAGGCGUACUUGCAGAACGUCCGGUUGAACGCGUCGAAGGAGAAGGGGAGCACGACGGGAGUGGGCGUGGUCACUGUUGGCGGGAAGGAGCGGAAGCCGCAGAAAGCUGUCGUUCUUGGCCCAUAUCGGUUCACGCACGCUCAGUUGGAGAAGGAGGGUAUCAUUGUCGAGAGCAACGUUCCUGAUAACAGGCGGCCCAACAUCUACUUCAAUAUAACAUCGCCGACGCCUGGCACCUUCAUCAUUGCGUUGCACUACAAGGGGCGGGAUAAGGCCAUUCUCGAAAUGGACCUGAAGAUCGACGAUCUUCUUGAGAAACAAAAGGACAACAAACAUCUUCUCGACCUUGAAUACGUGCAGCUCAACGUUCCCAAGGUACUAGCGCUGUUGAAAAAGGUGUUUGCCAAGCGUUGAGCAGAGUUGGCGCUGUCUUCUCCAAUCCUCUGCUCUCUGUGAUUCCCACCUUCGCCUUCCAGUACAUAUAUUUGUUGUUAUUUCUUCAUUGCGGUACCCUCCUUGGAUUUAUUCACCUUCAUUUUAUUUUGCCUGAUGGCUUGUACAGGGCUCUCCCUCUCUAUUUUCCAAGCGGAUGUAUUAUCUAUUCUGUAGUCUGAUGUUGUUCCUUCUAUACCCUGGGCUCUGCUCGUAGAAUACCUUGGUAAUGAUAUGACGUC